AUGGCCAGUUCAUCAGUCACGCCUGCGGUGCCGCCGCCCAACCGCCCUAGCAGACCUUUCAGCGAGGCUCUUCUGAAUGAGAAGUGGGACCACUGCCUCAGCACUUUCUUGAUUCGCAGCACCUACGGCGCAGGCUUCGGUAUCAUCUUCUCGCUGCUUCUAUUCCGCCGGAGAACCUGGCCAGUGUGGACCGGUGUUGGCUUUGGGGCUGGACGAGCUUGGGAGGAAUGCGACAGCAGCUUCAAGCGAGCAACCACGCCAUCCCGGGAAGGACUCCGCGUUCUCCGACCAUGAUCGACGAACGUACGGCUUUAUGCGAUGGCGCACAACACCUAGACGUGAGCGUGUAUACUAAAAGAGAUGGAGCCGACUGAGGACUCUGAUGUAUAUCUCGCGUCAUUGGCCAAUCUUGUCACACCACCAAGAUGAGCUGAUUAGUUCAUUGCAAUAAUACAUGAAAAUACCCUACAAAUUCCAAUUCAUCUGGCUACGAUCAUGAGAAACACGCUUCGUUGUCCCUAGGUCGGGUUUGUCGUUUCCCCCCACAACGACGAGUUCCUGGUUCUUCCUCUCAGUAUCACUGCUGUGUAAAACGGAUGUCGCACAACGCAUC